AAAGUGCUUCGAUUAUAAGAGAGCGAAGAAAAAGAAAAGGACUAGUCUGAUCAUGUUGUCGUGGGCCUCACAACCUCUUCCCUUCUUUCAGUUCUUAGAAAAUAAAUAAAUAAAUCUCCUUUUCCUCCCUUUAUUCCACUCCGCCUCUUCUUCUCCUCUUUUUCUCCCUUUCCACCCUCUACACCAGCAAUCAUUUCUUUCGUUAUAGUUGUUACAGAAUCUUCGUAAAAAGAGUAGAACAUUGUUUCGUAGUAGUAGUUGUUGUUGUUGUUGUUGCUGGAAGAGAGAGAGAGAGGACUUUCCCUUCUUUUUCUUUGUUGGGUGUUUCACAUCUCCUUCUUCUUUUGUGAUUCUUCAUGUCUCAUCAGCACCGGCAAUUCCAGAUGAACAGCAGCGGAGGCAAUGUCGGAUACGGUGGCAGCGAUACAACGCAUACGAAGAUCUUCGUAGGAGGUUUGGCUUGGGAGACGCAGAGAGAUACCAUGAAGCGGUAUUUCGAGCAGUUUGGGGAGAUUCAGGAAGCUGUAGUUAUUACAGAUAAGAACACUGGAAGAUCCAAAGGCUAUGGUUUUGUGACUUUCAAGGAUCCAGACUCGGCAAUGAGAGCUUGUCAAGAUCCAUCCCCUGUGAUCGACGGAAGGCGGGCGAAUUGCAAUCUUGCAUCUCUCGGUGUAACCCAUCGCUCCCGCCCGUCCACCCCUCAACAUGGAAUUGGACGGUUUCGAUCAGUACCUGGAUCAGCUCCUUCCACCUACCAUGGAACCCAAUCGAAGACGGCCUACUUCAAUCAAUCUGCUCAAUACCCAUUUCAUUAUUCAGCAUACGGGUAUUCUGGGUAUUCUCAAGAAAACAUGUAUCCCAUGAACUACUACAGCAUAUAUGGCGGACAGCAAUUUUCGCCUUACUACGCUGCCGCUGCGGCUGCUGGGAUGUAUCAAAAUUUCUAUCCUUACUACGCCCAAUACGGGCAGAGUAGUAGCCAGGCACAGAGCUUGGGAAUUCAAUAUCCUCAAAUGCUACAAUACCCGUAUUUGCCUCAGCAGCAAUAUGGUGCCGGGAUUCUUUCUCUUCCGACUUCGACUGCAUCGACUGCAGAUGUUGGCCCAUUGAAACAGGUGCGACGGUGGCAACAGGAUCUGGUUCCUUACAAACUGGUCCUGUAACUGCAACAGAAGAGAAUCGGGCUACUUAGUUUGGAAAAUGAGAAAAUUCCAGUUUGGGUCGAUACUAACAUAGUCGAUAAACAAGAAAAAGGAAGGAAAAAAGAAAAGAGUAGACAUCAUAGAUGGUGGUUCAAAUGCACAUGAGCAGUAGAGAUCAUGGGAGAUUGCUCUGCUAAUCAUGUUCAGACCCUUGAUCAAGGUCAUUGUCAUCACCAAUCAUCAUAUAAAUAUCAAUAGAUAUCAUCCAUACAUUGUUCUGCAUCAGAAUUAAUAGGUGUUUAGUUUAGAUGAUUAGGAUAUUUAGGCUGUGUUUGGAUGGUCUAUCUAAUUGAAUUGCGAUAAUCACUUAAAUUCAGCGGAAGUGAUCAGAUUGUAGUUAGCUUCCUUAGUAUUCAUAUUGGGGAAAACUACUAAGACCGGAUCGCAAAUAGAGUUUACUCCAAUUUGAAUUUGAAAGGAAUGGAACUGUGAUUUUUGGGCCAACUUCCACCUCAGGAUCCUGAGUAAGCUAAGUAAAUUUUGAUGAUUUCCACUUAAUUGAACUAGUUAUUGCAAUUCAAUUGGAUAGCACAUCCAAACGCAUGGAAACCAUAUUUGAUCUAACCCGAGGUCGACAAACGGAUAAUUGGUGUCCAGUUCAACCUUUGAAACGACUUCUAGUGUCCCCAAAUGGAUUUGUGGACACCCAUCUCUUGUAUGAUCGGAAAUCGGAGAACGCUUUUAAAUCUCCGAACCGACUAAAUCUUUAAAUUAGCAAGAAAGCUGAGCUUGGAUAGCUCUGCUGAUUAACAUGUAUUCUUUUCUUUUGUGUUCUUCUCAUCAUUCAUGAUUAUUAAUAUAUUUUAAAGUAGGAUUGGUUAGGAAAAAUGAUCUCUCUUUCUUUCCUUU